AUGGCACAGUUCAUCAAAAAUGAUAUUAGUAAAUCUACCAAGCGCCGAAGAUUUUUAUUAGAUAAAGAAACUGUAGAUUUUUUUUCGGAUAGCCAUAUCAAUUCUCAAUUGCAAUUACAACCUAGCACAUCUCAAGGUAUUAAUGCUGAUUUACCUAAAGAAAUUCUAAAAUUACCAAAAGAUGCUGUUGAUGAUAGUUUAUUUUCAAUUAAUAAGAGUUCUAAUACUCAAUUUUCUCCAAUUCCUUCCAAUUAUUUUCCAAUCGAUCACACUAUUGAUGAUGACUACAGUGAUACUGAAAAUAUUUCAUUAAGUACCAACUCUGAUGAUGAUCUUGAUAAUCAUUAUUAUAAUAGUAUCACAGGUGUCAUUAAUAACUUAGAUGGUAAAAAUGAAGUUCUAAAAAUAUUAGCACAAUGGGCAAUUGCUCAAAAUAUUACUUUAACUGCAUUUUCAGCUCUGUUGAAAUUACUGAAAAAUCAUAGCUGUUUCAGUGAUAUCCCAGUUGAUGCCAGAACAGUAUUAAAGAUUAAUAAUGUCCAUCAACGUAAUGAAAUUCAAGUGGUUUCCCCUGGGUUAUAUUACCAUUUUGGAGUUGCUAAUGGCUUAAUAAAUACGUUAGGUGAGUUUAUAGGUAAGUUUAAAGAUGUUAUUCAUAUCAACAUUGGGGUUGAUGGUCUACCGCUAACCAAAUCAUCUUCUAGUACUUUCUGGCCAAUCUUAGGAUAUGCGCGGUACCCAAAUUUAAAACAUGUAUUUUUAAUCGGUUUAUAUUGGGGGAAAGAUAAGCCCCAUAACAGCAAUACCUUUUUAAAAGAAAUGGUGUCUGAGCUUAAAGAAUUGUAUACAAAUGGAGUACAAACAGUUUUUGGAAAAAAGACUGUUGUUGUUGAUGCCUUUUGUUGUGAUUGUCCUGCCAAAAGUUAUGUUUUAUUUAUUAAAGGUCAUGCAGGAUAUUCUUCAUGUACAAGAUGUCAAGUUGAAGGUGAACGGGUUAAUAAUACUACAUGUUUUUUAGGGACAAAUUUUUUGAAAAGGACUCAUAUAGAUUUUAUUAAUCGUUCAGAUGAAGAUCAUCACGUUACUGAUACUAUUUCUAUUUUAACCGAAGUACCAGAAAUAGAUAUGGUUAAUAACUUUAGUCUUGACUAUAUGCACUUGGUAUGUUUAGGUGUAAUGAAAAAGAUGUUAUUACUUUGGUUAGGUAUGUUUAAAAAAUCGUCCGUCAUGUUUCGCCUUCCUAGUAAAGAUAUAAAUAAAAUUUCUAAUCAUUUAUUAUCCAUGAAUCCAUUAAUACCUAGCGAUUUUUCUCGAAAAUCCAGAGCUUUAAAUGAAGUUAGCAGAUGGAAGGCAACUGAGUUCAGAUUAUUUUUGCUCUAUACAGGUCCUAUUGUUUUGAAAAAUGUUCUGAGGUAUGAUUGUUAUUUUAACUUUUUAUGUUUACAUAUAAGUUUUAGAAUUCUUUUAUCUCCAAAUAGUUCUGAAAAAUUGGUAAAUUUUAGUCAAAAAUUAUUGGAACAUUUUGUGGAAAAGUUUGAAGAACUUUAUGGUGCACAGUACGUGUCUCAUAAUGUUCAUGGCCUAUUACAUAUCACUGAUGAUUAUAGAAAGUUUAAAUCACUUGAAGAAUGUUCUUGUUUUCCAUUUGAAAAUUUCAUGAAGGUGUUAAAAAAAAUGUUAAGGAAACAUGAAAAACCUUUAGAACAAAUUAUCAAUCGUUACCAUGAAUCCUUAAUAUUCAAUAAACCUGAUAUUCAAGAUAAAUCUAAAAAUAAAAUUAUUUAUAAAAAAAAACAUAAUAAUGGACCUUUAUUUGAAAAUUUAACUUCUCCUCAGUUCCAAAUAGUUUUAAAAAAUGAAAUUAAAAUUAAUGUUAAGUCCAUGUCUGAUAACUAUAUAGGCUUUCUAGUUGAUAAAAAACUAAUGAUUUUUAAAAUCUUUAAUAUUUGCUAUAAUGCUAUGAAUAAUAAAUCUGUAUUUUUAGCCAGACGUUUUGAAUUGGUGGAACAGUAUUUUGAUGUACCAAUUGACAGUCUUAAAUUAGGCAUAGCUAUUGUUAAGAAUUUAUCUGAAUCUUAUUUUACUAUAGAUAUAGAGAGUACACAUUUUAUUAAGUAUGUUAUGUUAUUUGAUUAUGAGAAAAAUGUUAAUAUAUCAUAUCCUAUUUUACAUUCCAGUGAUGAAAUUUAA